AUGGCCGACAAUGACAGUAACCGGGUUACUGACGAUAUCACACCCUCCGCUGUGCCAAUCGUACCGAACAUCAGCUCAAAUCGGUUACACGUCAUUAUCGCUGGACUAUGGCUUUGUCUUUUCUUAUCUGCCUUGGACACUACCAUCGUCACGACCGCGCUCAUCAAAAUUUCGAGUGAUUAUGGCGCUCUGGAGCAGGCGGCAUGGCUAAUUACCGCGUAUCUACUUACAUAUAACUCGUUCUUGAUGAUCACAGCAAAGCUGAGCGACAUUUGGGGCCUCAAGACUCUCCUUCUACUCUGCGCGUCAAUCUUCCUGGUAUCCUCCAUGGCUUGUGGUGGAGCGCAGACAAUGACUCAACUAAUCGUAUUCCGCGCCUUCCAAGGCAUUGGAGGAUCUGGCCUCUACAGCUUGACAUUCGUCGCCAUCAUGAAGAUGAUUGUCCCUGAGAAGAUUGGCUUCUACUCUGGGAUCGUAAGCUCGGUAUUCGCUUUGGCAAACCUGCUAGGACCUCUACUCGGUGGCAUCAUCGCUGAUCGAGCAACUUGGAGAUGGAUAUUCUUCAUGAAGUAUGCAAAGCGCGGACUAUCGAGCUGUGCGAGCUGA